CUCUGAUUGGCUGAGCAACCGGAGGGGCGUGACCGCAGAGUUGGGGACCGGGAAGAAACAUCUAAACUUGCAGCAGCGACUUUAUAAUGUUGCUGGCACACCAGAUACGCCAUUAAAGGGGUAUACCCGGAUCUUUCCGACUGCUGGCAACGUUUGAGGCAGUUGGUCAUCGCAUGUGAAAAUAGACUGGUGCCAUGAAGCCACUCCAGAGAAUUCCUGUUACCUGCAGUAGGGUUAUAAGGGAUGUAUUGCAGGUAAAUGUACCUGCUUUUUUAUCCACCUCCUGCACAUGCCUGAGCAGGAAGAAGAACCACAACGGUUAUGAUGAGGUUAACCAAACAAAAUAUGAAAGUUUGGUGCGGAAUGUCACUGCCUCCCGUGUCAGCCCACAGACACCUGAUAGGUUAUUUGAAGAAGACAGCUUUUUAUUUGGCAAAGUGGUAAAAUCAAAGACUGGAACACAAACACCAGAGCCCAAGGCCCCACAGAAUUGGGUCCCGCUAACCAAUCCAGAUAAAGUUUGUUUGCCCCUAGAGAAAACAGAUUUUGACUUACCCCUGAAGAUCAGUUUACCAGCAAGAAACCAUAUGGCAAAUAACAAAAUCCCUAGUGUCACCAGAAUCCUACAGCAGACCAUGCCCAUGGAACAGGCAUUUUACCUUGAGAGGUGGAAGCAGAGGAUGAUCAUGGAAUUGGGAGAACAAGGCUUUGCUGAAUAUACUGCAGCUCUCUUUUCACAGGGAAAGCAGUUCCAUGCACAGCUGGAAGAUCUGCUAUUAGCUCUGGAUGGCCAUCAUAAAAAAGAGGAGCCUGAGGGGUUGACAGGGUACUUGACCAGUGUUCAGCAUGUCCUGACAGACAUUGUUGGAAUUAAGUCACUUGAAAGUGCAGUGCACCACUCACAGCUGCAGUACUUGGGUCUUGUGGACUGUGUGGCUGAAUAUCGGCAGAAGCUGUGCGUAAUAGACUGGAAGACUUCAGAGAAACCAAAGCCAUAUUUACGAGACACAUUUGAUAAUCCACUACAAAUUGCAGCUUAUAUUGGAGCAAUAAAUCAUGACAACAAUUAUAAUUUUCAGGUCAACUGUGGUAUGAUAGUGGUGGCAUACAAAGAUGGCUCCCCUGCCCAUACGCAUUUCAUGGAAACAGAUCUUUGCUUGCACUUCUGGAAUAAGUGGCUGCUACGCUUAGAGGAAUAUAAGAAGAAGAAGGAGGAGGAGGAGGAGGAAACAAAACAAUGACAGCAAGACAUGGCAGUUACAUGUUUGGUUAAUGCUCCACAUCUACAGUCUGUUCUAUUGCCCAUGCAAUUGUCUAGACCAGAUGUGAAUGGAAUACAGAAAGGGGGGGCUCCUCAUCUCUCUGUUCAAAUGAAAUUUUCAGAGCAAAUUUAUGAAAAGGCAAAAGUUGACACGAGGCAUGGUUAUAGGUGGCAGGCGCACUGGCUCAUUUGGGGUAUAUUUAUCAUAGAGUGAAGUUAGAGAUCGCCACAGUCCCCUAGAGUGAAAUUCUGCCACUCCAUUUCUAUUUCUAUGGGAUUUUAAAAAGUGUAUUUAUCAAAGGAUGAACUUUCACUUUCACGUAUUAAUAAAUACUAAUUUAAAAAUCCCACAGAAAUUAAUUGAGAGUGGACUCUAGGGGACUGUGGCGACUUCACUCUUUGAUAAAUAUACCCCUCAGUCUUUAUAGGUGGCACAUAUAUUAACAUAGCUUUAGCUUUUUAAAAAGUAAACAUAAUUUAAAGCAACUUUGCAAUAUACAUCAAUUAAACAAAUAUGCAGACUUUUCAUGAUUUUUAAUGGUUUGGAACAGUUCCCUAAGCCUAGCCCACUGCUCUCCUGCUGGAAAGGAAAGUUGAAUGCUUAAAAUCAAGACCUACUUAAUAACCCACAUGGUAAUCUAUUUUGUACACAUUAUGACAUUUUGAAAUUGUUGUAACUUAUAUAUAUAUAUAUAUUGUCCAUAAGAUCCCCUUUCUUAACAUUCUAAAUAUCGCUGCAGAUUUCUCCCCUCCAGUUUUUGUGAUUCACUGUUAAAAACGAUGCAGCCAUUUAUAUUUGCUGCAUAUUUCAGUCACAUGACUCACUGAAAUUUGUGUAUUAUAAUAAAUAAAGUACCCCCGUUCGGCCUCGUGUUUUUAUGUGGUCAUGAAACUCCUCGGUAACUUAUAAUAUCCUUAUAUUUUACAAGAGGGGGUAAUUUAUUCACUAUAUAAUACACAAAAGCCACUAAUAUCCUGUUAAUUAUAUCCUUAUAAUGGCUCUUAGCAAUGUCAACAGUUAUAAACGGAGCUUAGUGAUGUCAUAUUUGUUACAUGACUCAAUAAAACUUGUGUAUUAUAAUAAAGUUCCCCUUAUUGGGAAAAUAUUAUUAAAAGUAACCUCUGAGUUCCAUGAACUUUAGAAAGGCACUCGGCCUUCGUCUUUGUGCUUUUAUAUGGUCAUGGAACUCCUUGGUGCUUUUAUAAUAUCCUUAUAUUUUACAAUAUGGGGUACGUUAUUCACUAUAUAAAAGCAUAACUCUAUUAUACAGAGCUGCAGAAUGUGUUGGGAUUUUAUAAAUAAGUUAAUAAUAAUAAUAAUAAUAAAUCAUAUCCUGAUGUUGUCCCAUUUAAUAAUCCAGCAUAAUAAUGGACUAUCAGUAAAAGAUAUUUUAUAAAAACA